GGGCAGCCACGGCGCGCCCGCCCCCCGCGCUGAUGUGAAUUAUUAAAAAGAAAAUGGCCCAACGGAGCACUGUAUUUCCUUUUCUUGUCACCGAGGAAAGGUAUAAUAUAUGGAAAAUAUGCAUCUAAGGCGAGUUAGAACCAUGCCCCGACACAGCCAGUCUCUGACCAUGGCACCCUACUCUUCCAUAAGUCUAGUGGAGCAACUUGAAGAUAGGAUCCUCUGCCACGAGAAAACCACUGCUGCCCUUGUGGAGCACGCCUUCCGCAUCAAAGACGACAUCGUCAGCAGUUUGCAGAAGAUGCAAAACAAGGGGGGAGGUGACCGCUUGGCCAGGCUGUUCCUGGAGGAGCACAUCAGGAACAUAACUGCCAUAGUGAAACAGCUUAAUCGGGACAUCGAGGUACUCCAGGAGCAGAUCCGUGCCCGGGACAACAUUAGCUACGGAACUAAUUCUGCCUUAAAGACUCUGGAGAUGAGACAGCUUUCCGGUUUGGGAGAUCUUCGAGGAAGAGUAGCGAGAUGUGAUGCCAGCAUAGCCAGACUCUCUGCAGAGCACAAAACAACCUAUGAGGGGCUUCAGCACUUGAACAAGGAACAGCAAGCUGCCAAACUGAUUUUGGAAACGAAGAUUAAAGAUGCAGAGGGACAGAUUUCUCAGCUUUUGAACAGAGUGGACUUGUCAAUAUCGGAGCAAAGCACCAAACUGAAGAUGUCCCACAGAGACAGUAACCACCAACUUCAGCUUUUGGAUACUAAAUUUAAAGGUACAGUUGAAGAACUCAGUAACCAGAUUUUAUCUGCCCGGGAUUGGUUGCAACAGGAACAAGAACGAAUAGAAAAAGAACUUUUACAGAAAAUUGAUCAGCUUUCCUUGGUUGUUAAGGAAAACAGUGGAGCCAGUGAGAGAGACAUGGAGAAGAAGCUCAACCAGAUGUCUGCCAGACUUGACAAAAUAGAAGAGAGUCAAAAGAAGACUCUAGACGUACAGAGAACAAAGCAGGAAGAAGAGAAGGUGCAUGGGCGAGUCAGCAAGCUUGAGUUACAGAUGAAUGAGGCCAUGAAGGACAUGAAAGCAGAAAUUAAUGCUGGGUUUGCAGCCAUCUAUGAAAGCAUAGGAUCACUGAGGCAAGUUCUUGAAGCAAAGAUGAAGCUAGACAAGGACCAGCUGCAGAAGCAAAUUCAACAGUUGCAGAAGCCAGAAGGGACGCCCAUGUGAAAGGAGUCAGAACAAAGGUCUAAAAAGAGGUUUUGCCAGUGGGGCUAGGAGCCAUGUAGCCAGGCCAUUGCUGCAUUCUGGAUUGUUCCAUCCAUGGCGUGCAUGUGUCAAGUAAUAUGUUUUCAUGGGUCUAAAUGUUUACCUUGAGUCUUGAAGACACUUCCUUUAAAAGUUAUUAAAUACAGUUUGUACCGUUUUAUUUCAAUGAUCUAAAUUCAAUGGAAUUUUUGACCCCUGGAUUUUGAAAGACUUUAUCUUCUUCAUUUUAUCAAUGAAAAGAUUCAAUUUCUCUUUAUUGCCCAGUGCUUUAGCCAACACUGUUUCCUAUUUUGAAAACGUCAUGGUGAUUUUUUGAAAUUAAAAAUCUAUGAGUUGUCAUAUGAAUGUUGCUCCUUACCCUAAAUUUAAGAGAAUGCCCUGAUAGGUUAGAAUUCAACUUUUGAGUCCAUAUCUGGAUUUUAUUAUUGUUGUCUGUGCAUUUCUUAUAUUGGCUAUCUUCCUGUAAAUCUUCUGUCUUUUGUAGGGAAAAGGGAUUUAACAACUGGGAAAAAUUUGAAUCUAUGUACUGAAAAUAGUCUUAAGAAUUGAUAACUGCCAUAUAUAGAUUACAAAUUAAAAUGGAAACUCAAGACAAUUAUCUAGACAAUGUAAGGCACAAUCUCUACAUCAACCACCUAGAUAUAUUGGGUUUUAAUAUUUAAAACUAUUUUUCAAUUAUCCACAGCCUGUAUCGUGAGAGCCAUAUAUAUUUACUAAUGGGAUGGUGGUUAACAAACUGUUUAUUGCACAAUUAAUUUUUCAUUAACCAUAAUGGGAUGUAAGAAUUUUUCAGGAUUUAUGACCUACUCUAUAAAUGUUUCCAAAAUUGGCACAAAGUGCUAGGGUCUAUAUACACUUAUUGUAACUAUAUUCUUGUGCCUUGGUUUUAUCAUGUCAAUGCACUGUACCCUAGAGUUUUGCAGACAAAAUAGAAGGCAUGAUAAUACAUCAGAAUUAUAAUGUAAAAAUGGGAUCCUAUGUAUUUUUUAAAUGUCCUAACAAUUGUAUCACUGUUAGAUAUUAAUUGUUAAGUAUUAUUAAUGGAUUAGAAAUUAAUACUUUUCUAUGGACAGAGAAUCAAAUUGAUAUUGCAUUUAUAACACUGUUAAGAAACUUUUAUCUUGAGCAACUUUGUAGGUGACGGGUGUCUUAUUUUCCAUUACCAUAUUGGAUUAGUCUUGAAAAUUGGCACCAGUGCUGUUUGUUCAUCUGUGUAUGUAAAUAUCCAUAGUGAGGCCACCGUUCUAAACUGUGAGGGUGCCCCCAGGAAAAAGAAAAACAGGAAUACUUAAAAAAUACUUAAACACUUUCUUUUUGUUUGUUUGCCAAGGACUCAGGAAAAUAAAAGCGUUUUCUAUUUUUUAGGAGAAAUCAUUAAUGAAAUUCUAACUGGCUAUUACUGUUUACCCACAUAAAACAUGCUGCUAAAGUAUACCAUACGUUACGCUCAAUGGCUUGAUGAAAUUUUAUUUUAAUAAUUGGACUUCAGAGGUUAGAUAAGGAAUAUGUCAUCUACCUAUAUGUCCUUUCUUUGUCA